AUGCCAUGCCACCAAGAAGCACGAGGGUUGGGAUACUGCAAGGUUGCCCAAGCCCAGACAGGAGAAAUUAAGAGGCAGAGGCCGGGUUCGAACCACGGACCUUCCGGUUUUGUUCCUUCUCAGCUGCUUUGUCAUCAGGUGUUCGGCUGGUCCUGGGUUUGUUACACCCAGGUAAGUGUCACCGCAUCUACAAACGGAGUGGAAAGUCACACAGGUGAACAAAUAUGA